AUGAGUCACAGCUGCAAAGUCCUUAGUUGGGCAGCAGCUGGGGCUCGUAAAGAUAGCUGGGAUAACAGGGGUGGGUCAGGAGCCCAGGAGGAGCCCCUGAGAAGCCGUGAAGAACUGUGCUACAGAGAACAGCUAUGUGGCAGAGAACCAGCGAGAAGGCUGUUUGUUUUGCUGGCUGUGCUCUGCAGUGGAGUAAGGAGCAGCAUUGUGCCACAAAAAAUGUAUGGAAGGAUCACAUCCCCAAACUUCCCAAAAGUCUACCCAAAUCACAAGGAGAAAAUAUGGAAUAUUACUGUCCCCAAAGGAUAUUCUGUUCGCAUUUACUUCACCCAUUUCGACCUGGAGCUGUCCUACCUGUGUGAAUAUGAUUAUGUGAAGCUGAGCUCUGGUGGGAAGACCUUGGCCACGCUGUGUGGAAGGGGCAGCACAGACACCGAGGAGGCUCCGGGGAACAGGACGUACAUCUCCGCUGAUAACCGCCUCGUGGUGGUGUUCCGGUCUGAUUACUCCAACGAGAAACCAUUCACAGGCUUUGAGGCCUUCUAUGCUGCUGAAGAUAUCGAUGAGUGCAAGCAGCCACUGGAUACCAAACCCCUCUGCAGUCAUCACUGCCACAACUACAUGGGGGGCUACUAUUGCAGCUGCAGGGUUGGCUACACACUGCAUGAAAACAGGAGGACGUGUACAGCAGAAGAUAUUUAAGCUCCUCCUCACUUAGGCAGAGAUGGAGACAGAUGUGCUGGGAAGAGCUGGUUUUCCUCCUGGUUGCACUCCAGGAAGGAAACCUGUUGCAGUCUGCCCAAGGGCUGAAGGCUUCUCUUGCUCCAUGACUUGUCCAUGUGGUUCCUUGCCUUUCAGACUUGCCUGCUGCAGUAAAUAAAGAGGCUGUUGCCUAUUGAAAGCCAA